CUCUCCAUCAGCUGACCUGCCGCCAUCUUGGCCGCCAUUUGCGAGCGGCCCCGAGCUGGGAAGGGUCUAUGGGAGCGGGGGCUUACUGGCUGCCCCUUCUCCUCAGACUGGUCUCCGGCCACAGCCGUCGCUCUGGCCUCCACGUCGUCCUCUCCGCGGCGGCCGGAAGCGCAGCGGGUCGGUCGCCUGAGGUGCGGACGCCCGGUCUCUGCACCUCCUAGGGCCGCCGCGGCGGCGUUUCCCUCGGAGGCCACAGCCCACGGGCCGCCGCGAUGGCCCUCAAGAUGGUCAAGGGCAGUAUCGACCGCAUGUUCGACAAGAACCUGCAGGAUCUGGUCCGCGGCAUCCGCAACCACAAGGAGGACGAGGCCAAGUAUAUCUCCCAGUGCAUUGAUGAGAUCAAGCAGGAGCUGAAGCAGGAUAACAUCGCUGUGAAGGCCAACGCUGUCUGCAAGCUAACCUACUUACAGAUGCUCGGGUACGACAUCAGCUGGGCUGCCUUCAACAUCAUUGAAGUCAUGAGUGCCUCCAAGUUCACAUUCAAGCGUGUCGGCUACCUUGCAGCCUCCCAGUGCUUCCACGAAGGUACCGAUGUCAUCAUGCUGACCACGAACCAGAUCCGAAAGGACCUGAGCAGCCCCAGCCAGUACGACACUGGGGUGGCACUGACUGGUCUGUCCUGUUUUGUCACCCCAGAUCUUGCCAGAGACCUGGCAAAUGACAUCAUGACCCUGAUGUCUCACACGAAGCCAUACAUUAGGAAGAAGGCAGUGCUGAUCAUGUACAAAGUAUUCCUCAAGUACCCCGAGUCGCUGCGUCCUGCCUUCCCCCGGCUUAAGGAGAAGCUGGAGGACCCAGACCCAGGAGUACAGUCUGCGGCUGUUAAUGUUAUCUGCGAACUGGCUCGCCGCAACCCUAAAAACUACCUGUCUUUGGCCCCACUGUUUUUCAAGCUCAUGACAUCGUCCACCAACAACUGGGUUCUCAUCAAGAUUAUCAAGCUGUUCGGUGCCCUGACACCCCUGGAGCCCAGGCUAGGCAAGAAGCUGAUUGAGCCUCUCACCAACCUCAUUCACAGCACCUCUGCCAUGUCCCUGCUCUACGAGUGUGUGAACACCGUAAUUGCUGUGCUCAUCUCACUGUCUUCCGGGAUGCCCAACCACAGCGCCAGUAUCCAGCUGUGUGUACAGAAGUUGAGGAUACUGAUAGAAGACUCCGACCAGAACUUAAAGUACCUGGGGUUACUGGCCAUGUCUAAAAUCCUGAAGACACACCCCAAGUCUGUGCAGUCCCACAAGGACCUGAUCCUGCAGUGCCUGGAUGACAAGGAUGAGUCCAUCCGCCUGCGUGCCCUUGACCUGCUCUAUGGAAUGGUGUCCAAGAAAAACCUGAUGGAGAUUGUGAAGAAACUCAUGACCCAUGUGGACAAGGCUGAGGGCACCACCUAUCGUGAUGAACUGCUCACCAAGAUCAUUGACAUCUGUAGCCAGUCCAACUACCAGCACAUCACCAACUUCGAGUGGUACAUCAGCAUCCUUGUGGAGCUAACAAGACUUGAGGGCACUCGCCAUGGCCACCUCAUUGCUGCCCAGAUGCUAGACGUGGCCAUCCGGGUCAAGGCCAUUCGUAAAUUUGCUGUGUCCCAGAUGUCUGCGCUGCUUGACAGUGCCCACCUUGUAGCCAGCAGCACCCAACGCAAUGGGAUCUGUGAGGUGCUCUAUGCUGCUGCCUGGAUCUGCGGGGAGUUCUCAGAGCACCUACAGGGGCCCCAGCAAACCCUGGAGGCCAUGCUGCGGCCCAAGGUCACCACACUGCCCGGCCACAUCCAGGCUGUGUAUGUGCAGAACGUGGUAAAGCUGUACGCGUCCAUCCUGCAGCAGAAGGAGCAGGCCGAGGACACUGAGGCUGCACAGGAGGUCACCCAGCUACUGGUGGAGCGACUGCCGCAGUUCGUGCAGAGCGCUGACCUGGAGGUGCAGGAGCGGGCAUCUUGCAUCCUGCAGCUGGUCAAGCAUGUACAGAAGCUGCAGGCAAAAGGCGUGCCAGUGGCUGAGGAAGUGAGUGCCUUGUUUGCUGGAGAACUGAACCCUGUGGCCCCCAAGGCCCAGAAGAAGGUCCCAGUUCCUGAAGGCCUAGACCUGGAUGCCUGGAUCAAUGAGCCACCUUCAGACAGUGAGUCUGAGGAUGAGAGACCCAAGGCCAUCUUCCAUGAAGAGGAACCAAGGCACACUCGGCGCCGGCAGCCUGAGGAGGAUGAGGAGGAGCUGGCUCGGCGGCGAGAGGCCCGGAAGCAGGAGCAGGCCAAUAAUCCGUUCUACAUCAAGAGCUCCCCAUCUCCACAGAAGCGAUACCAAGAUGCACCAGGCGUGGAGCACAUUCCUGUGGUACAGAUCGACCUCUCGGUGCCUCUGAAAGUUCCAGGUAUGCCCACGUCAGACCAGUAUGUGAGGCUGGAGGAGCAGCGAAGACACCGGCAGCGGCUGGAGAAGGACAAGAAGAGGAAGAAGAAGGAGAAAGGCAAGCGACGCCACAGCUCUCUGCCCACAGAGAGCGAUGAGGACAUCGCCCCCGCCCAGCGUGUGGACAUCAUCACUGAGGAGAUGCCAGAGAAUGCUUUGCCUAGUGACGAGGAUGACAAAGACCCCAAUGACCCCUACAGGGCACUGGACAUUGACCUGGAUAAACCCCUGGCCGACAGUGAGAAGCUGCCUGUCCAGAAACAUAGAAAUGCGGAGACGGUGAAAUCCCCAGAGAAGGAGGGUGUGCGCGGGUCGGAGAAGAAGAGCAGGAAGCCCAAGAAGAAGGACAAGAAGCCUAAAGAGAGAGAGAGAGAGAAGGACAAGAAGCUUCAGGGUGAGGACUUAGACUUCUGGCUGUCCACCACCCCGCCACCUGCUGCUGCCCCCAUUCCUGCCCCGCCCGCGGAAGAACUUGCUGCGAGCAUUAUCACCCCCCCUAAGGAUGGGUGUGAGGUUCUCAAAGGGGAGGAGCUCCAGGAUGAGGAGGACCACGUGGAUCAUGACCAUGAAAGGAAAUCAUCCCGGCACAAGAAGAAGAAACACAGGAAGGAGAAAGAGGAGAGGCCACGAGACAAGAAGAAAGCCAAGAGGAAGCAGGUGGUGCCACUGGAGAAUGGGGCAGCAGCAGAGGAGGAGGAGGAGGAGCCUAUCCCGCCUAUGUCCAGCUACUGCCUUCUGGCUGAGAAUGACUACAUUAAAGUGACAUAUGACAUCCAAGCCAGCUUACAGAAGGACAGCCAAGUGACUGUGUCCAUCAUCCUGGAGAAUCAGAGCAACAGCUUCCUGAAGAACAUGGAGCUCAACGUGCUAGACUCACUCAACACCAAGAUGGCCAGGCCAGAGGGCUCAUCAGUGCACGACGGUGUGCCUGUGCCUUUCCAGCUGCCCCCCGGCGUCUCCAAUGAGGCCCAGUUUGUGUUCACCAUUCAGAGCAUCGUCAUGGCCCAGAAGCUCAAAGGCACGCUGUCCUUCAUUGCCAAGGAUGAUGAAGGAGCCACCCAUGAGAAAUUGGACUUCCGGCUCCAUUUCAGCUGUAGCUCGUACCUGAUCACCACACCCUGCUACAGCGAUGCCUUUGCUAAGUUGCUAGAGUCAGGAGACCUGAGCAUGAACUCCAUCAAAGUCGAUGGCAUUAGUAUGUCUUUCCAGAAUCUUCUGGCAAAGAUCUGCUUCUACCACCAUUUUUCUGUUGUGGAGCGAGUAGACUCCUGUGCCUCCAUGUACAGCCGCUCCAUCCAGGGCCACCAUGUCUGCCUGCUGGUGAAGAAGGGCGAGAGCUCCGUGUCAGUAGACGGGAAGUGCAGCGAUGCCACACUGCUCAGCAGCCUGCUGGAGGAAAUGAAGACCACGCUGGCUCAGUGCUGAGUUGCAGAGUCCAGGAUGUGCAGCAGACCACAGAAAGAUGUGAUGGGUCUUCCCUCUCCUUUGUCGUGUGUACUGUCUCCACACCCAGCAUUAAUUUUAACACCGGCCUCCACUGUGUGACCCUGAGGUCCUGUGUUGCAUCAACUUAAUUUUAUUAUCCUUUAUUCCGACAUGCACUCCUUUGGCAAGGAAGGCCAUCUGACCCUAGCCAGCGAGGGUCCUGCUCCAUCUGACCCUAGCCAGCGAGGGUCCUGCUCCAUCUGACCCUAGCCAGCGAGGGGCCUGCUCCACCUCUCAUUCUCAUUGCCGCUGUGGGACUGCAGGGCUGCAGCAAACACACUGCUGUGGCCCCACUCCUCUGUCCCCAUGCUGCCUCUGGAGGAACCCUUCCAGCUGCUGCUGUCCUCAAGUAUCCCAGCUGGUGGCCUCUGUGAAGAGGUGAUGAGGCCAGCUGUUAAUUCUUCUCCACACCCUGCCAGGCCAGAUGGACAGAGUGACCUUGCAGGUGGCUCCUCAGCUCCAGCUGCUGACGGCAGGGAUGGCCCAUGAUUUUCUUCUGUUCAACAGAACUGUGGUCUGUCCUAGGGUUCUCUUGUGGGGGUUAGUGGAGGAGUACAAUGUAUGCCCCUCGGUUUGUCACUACACAUCCUGGGCUUGUCCCUGCAUCUGUGGCGGGCUGAGUGCCUUGCAGUGGAGGGAGCAUCCUGGGAGCAGUUGGCAAUCCUGUAGCUGUCCCUGGAUAAGGGGAAGAGAUGCCAACCUGGACACUUCAUAUACCCAGGUAGCUGGGCACAAGCUGAGCCUUCCUCAGAGGUGACGGUGGUCUACAGACAUUCUGGCAUUCCUUUGAGGACAACUGUCACUUUAGCAUGUAGAGUACUUUUAUCGACCCCACGUGACCUUCCAGCUCUAUGAUGUUCCAUGAUUGAUUUGCUGUCGACAUUCCCAUGUGAAGAGAGAUAUAUCACGCUGCUGACGAUCGGUGUCACAAUGACCCAUUAAAGAGUCAAAAAACGUG